AUGUUAUUCUUUAUCUACAUAUUGUUUGCUGGUAUGUUUCGUGAUGUUUCUGCUUUGAAAUGUUACAAAUGUGAUGCAAAUCGUGUUGAUUUUUGGAUCGGUGUCGACAAUGUUCCUCCUUUUUUCGAUGAUUGUCCUGUAGUCGAAUCAGAAAAACAAUGUUUCGCAUCAAUUCGAUGGUUAACAAUUGGAGACUUAAAAGAAAGUCUAGUAGAAUAUGAAGAUGAUUCUAGUGAAGAAUAUCGUCCAACUGAUUCUACACUUUCCUAUGUUUUUGCUGAUGUCGAACGUAAUACUGAAUCGGCUUCGAGUCGAAUUCUUCUCUACAGUUGCACAACAGAUCUAUGCAAUGAUCGAACAAAUCUACUCCGAGUAUUUCAGGCAUUAAAUGUCGAACAAAAAUUUGCACAAUUGGACGUUCUGUUUGGUCUUGAUAAUGUAUCAUUUACGGAACAAAAUUCAUGUCUCGACUUUUCAAAUGUAUCCCGUUCCGACUGUCCUUCAACAGCUAUUCCUUUAUCUACGUGCUCAAAUUGUUUUCUUUUAGCAACGGAAACACCACAACAACUUUGUGCUCGUUGUCCAGUUGAUUCAUUUAAAUAUAAGAACAUGAUAAACCGUCAAGUCUUCUUUUUUCUCGAAAAUCGAACACGACUAGCUGAUACAACAACACUACGAUGUACAACAAAAUCUUGUAAUUCAAUGGAAAACUGGAAUCGAAUUCGUGAAUUGAGUACAUUGGAAUUUGACUUCAAUCGAUUUUAUUCUUCAUCGUCUUCAACUAUCUUUCAUUCAACAUUUAUCCUAUCAUUCAAUGUUUUUCUUCUCUUAACAUACUUAUUCUAA